CACAUUCAGCUCGGUCUGCGGCAGGUUCGACGACGACUAACUCACGAAUACACGUACGAUGAAAGUAAUAUUGUUUUCGGCGUGCGCAUUCGCGCUGUGCGCCUACACCUUAGCCGCAGAACAGUCGGCUAAGACGGCAAAAUCAGACGAUAACCAAUCCAAGAGAAGCGUGUCCGAAUUCGAAUACGGACAAGGUGGUUCUGAAAUCGCGAGCAGCGGCUACGGACACGAAGACUUUAGUGCCGGACACGGAGACUUCGGUGCAGGGCAUGGAGGCUUUAGUGCUGGAUACGGAGACUUUAGUGCCGGACACGGUGACUACAGUUCAGGACACGCAAACAUCGGCGGAGAUUACGCAUACGGUGGCUAUCAACAAUCGUCGUACGAACACCACGUGCCCGUCAAGACCAUAACCAAAAAUGUGCCACAACCGUACCCCGUAGAAGUAGCCAAGCCGUACCCUUACCCAGUCAAGGUGGCCGUUCCAGUCGACAAGCCGUACACAGUUGAAGUACCCAAACCGUACGCUGUGCACGUUGAGAAACCGUACCCCGUCAAAGUUCCAGUGCCGCAUCCUUACCCCGUGGUCAAGGAAGUACACGUACCCUACAAAGUGCCUGUCGAUCGCCCAUACCCCGUGCACGUCGACAAACCGUACCCCGUGUACGUCGAGAAGCAAGUGCCGUACCCGGUGGAGAAACAAGUCCACGUACCAGUCAAAGUUCCGGUCGACCGCCCAUACCCCGUGCACGUGCCCGUCGACAAGAUCGUACCGUACCCGGUCGAGAAGCCCGUCCACUAUCCGGUUAAGGUCCCAGUCGAACGCCCGUACCCCGUACCCGUGGUGAAGAGCAUCCCAUAUCCGGUCGAGAAGGAAGUGCCGUAUCCAGUGUACAAGACUAUCCCGUAUCCGAUUAAAGUGCCCGUCAAAGUCGCCGUUCCAGUGCCGUACCCGGUUAAGACAUACCAGCCCGAACACUACGAACACCAAGAACAUCACGGAGAACACGAUUACCAUCACGGUAGCAGCGGAUACUAAAUCAAUUAACACUUCAAUCUAGUCAAACCCGAGUCCAAGUCAGCUAUAUAUACAUUUACAACGUGUACGGGUAUAGCAUAUAUUAAGUAGGUAUAUCAUACUCGCACGUUGUAAUUGUAUGAGUACUUUAGAUAAUGUUUAUCCUACAGUAUUUUAUGAUCAAAUCGUAUAAUAAUUAUUUGUUAAAUGUUGUAUUCUUUGAAAUUUGAAAGAUCUCGAUAGUUGAGUCGUCACAAUAUUAUUAAACUAAACCAAUAGUAUAUACUAUAUAGAAUAAUAUACUAAUAAUACAAUAUUUGCGUGACAAAAAA